UUGUUUCACCGGCGGGCAGGUCGCAGUGUGGACCGUCGUCGCCGCCACAACCGGGUCGCCGUGGAACAAGUUCUCGACAAUUCCCUCGCACGAGCGGAACUCCCUGCCCUCUGGCGACGUGUCGAGGGGCCGACGUGGCUUGUGGCGGCGGCGAUCUACGGCGGGUGGCUGGCGCUCACCUGGUACCAUCAUGCGCUGCCGUGGUGGCUGGUCCUGCCCCUCGGCGGCUGGUUGAUCGGCUGGCACGGCAGCCUGCAGCACGAGGUGAUCCACGGACAUCCGACGCGCCGGCCCGAGCUCAACACAGCACUGGCCAUGGCGCCGAUCGCGUUGUGGCUGCCGUACUCCCUUUACCGCAGCCGGCACCUCCGGCACCACGCCACCCCGCACCUGACCGACCCGCUGGCCGACACCGAAAGCUUCUACGUUGACCCUGCGCGGUGGCGUCGGCUGGGCCCGGGCCGGCGGUUCCUGUUACGGGUCCACAACACGCUGGCCGGCCGGCUGCUGCUGGGGCCGGCGUUGGCAAUUCUCGCCUUCUGGCGCGAGGAAGGCGCCCGGCUCGUCCGCGGUGAGCCGGGAUGCGCGCAAAUCUGGGCGACACAUGUUGUGCUGACGGCGCUGGUGCUGGUCUGGGUGUUGGUCGUCUGCGGCAUCCCGCUCUGGGCUUAUGUAAUGCUCUACGUCUAUCCGGGCACCGCGCUCAUCCUGCUGCGCUCCUAUCACGAACAUCGCCCGGCGGCGGACCAGGCAGAGCGCACUGUCAUCGUCGAGGCCGGCCCCCUGAUGAAGCUGCUCUUCCUCAGCAACAAUUUUCAUGCGCUCCACCACGAGCGACCCGGCAUCCCGUGGUACGACCUGCCCCGCGUCUACCGCGCGGAACGGGAGCGGGUGCUCGCCGACAAUGGAGGUUUCGUGUUCGCCGGCUACGGCGAUAUCGUGCGGCGGUUCCUGUGGCGGGUGAAGGACUCGCCACUGCACCCCGGCCAGGCCGGCGGUUAG